AUGAGGGAGAGCGGGGGCCACCCUGGUGAUCAAGGAAACAUCAUAAAAAUUGAGGAUGAGGUUGUUGUGCACAAAUUGAACUACCAAAGCAACUGUGUGCGCACAUGGAAGUGUGCUUUUGUCUAUGCUUACGAUCUGUUUACUUUCCUUCUAGGGCUCAUCACAAUAAAAGAAGCCCAUGAUAUAGAAGCCAGACUUAAUGAAGUGGAAAAGCUUCUGAAGACUAUUAUAAACAUGCCCUGGAAGUAUUCAAGAUCUGAAGUCGUCCUCACGUUCUUUGAGAGAUCUCCUUUGGACCAAGUUCUGAAAAAUGACAAUGUCCAUAAGAUUCAGCCAAGCUUUCAAAGUCCAGUUAAAAUAUCAGAAAUCAUGCGAUCAAAUGGAUUUUGUUUAGCCAACACUGAAACAAUAGUCAUUGACCACAGUAUACCCAACGGAAAAGAGAAGCACCUGGACGUAGAUUCAGCAGAACACUUGUUUGAAAGCGUUAGCGACUUUACCUCAGAGCUAGAAGACAGUGAUGAUCCGACAGCUUAUGUCACCAAUUUGACAUACUACCACCUGGUUCCUUUUGAGACUGAUAUUCUGGACUGAGGCUGCCCGGUGACACAGUCAGCCAGCAUCCAGCCGACCUCUUCGUCCAUAGGCUCUGCUAUCUCCGGCGUUGCAUCUCUGUGCAUAAGGCUGUGCGGGCAAGACCAACAGCAGAGAAGUUGCAGCGAGUCCGCCACAAAGCUGGUUUUGUAGUUGGGCCCUCCGUUCUGUGUUAUGGAGACAUCUUGUAAGGAGGUAACUGCUUCACUGCUGACAACAAACUCGUUUUCUGUGAAAGCAAGGCAGCAGAGGCCUCUUGGGGCUCGAGGAAAUCUCUGCUAUGCCUGUGGGAGCUGCCACUCUGACGCAGCCAUCGGAAACUUGUAGUAUGCUGUCACCCGUGCUCCUUGGCUUGCAGUGCAAGUUGAGGCUUCCUCUUUUAGGAUACCACCAGAAACUUCCCCAGAUGGCGUGACCACACUUUUUAUGCUAUGUAAGCGAGAAAGCGAGCAAACCAGCUGAAUUUUGUCAGUUCCCUCUGUGAUUGCUUAAUAGAGGGCUCGCGGGUCACAU